AUGAAAAAAGAUGACUUUAAAACUUGCGCACAGUCCGGAUUCUGUCGCCGCAAUCGAGCCUAUGCCGACAUGGUCACUGAAAGCACUUACCAAUCACCCUACACACUUGUUGCAGAGAGUGUGCAGACGGUGGACAAGUCUCAUAUUCAUGCCGAUGUCAAAAACACAGAAACCGAUAUCCUCUUGACUUUGGAUAUGCACCUUUUGCAAGACAACACAGCACGCGUCCGCAUCAAUGAAAAGCAGCCAAUCAAGCCGCGCUACGAAGACCACGUCAAACAUAUCCUUCAAGGUGAACCUAAACUUCGGGAAGCCGACACUGUGGAAACGGGUCCUGAUGGUCAGGUUACUGUGGUCAUGAAUAAUGAUGGUGAAACGAACCGUAAAAUCAUCAUUUAUCCCAACCCGCUCCGGAUCGAGUUUCUUGUCAACGACUCGCCUGUGGUUUCGCUCAAUGACCGAGGUUUAUUUAACUUUGAGCAUCUCCGCACCAAGGACUCGCACAAACCCAAAAUGAUUCGUCAGGACAAGGAGGAUGGUUCAGAGGAAUCAGAGGCACCUUGGGAAAGCGACUCGUGGGAGGAAACUUUCAAGACAUGGACGGAUCCUAAACCAAAUGGCCCUGAAAGUAUUGCUAUGGAUAUCACCUUUCAUGAAUUCGGUCACGUUUAUGGUAUUCCCGAACACGCUUCCAGUCUAUCUCUCAAGGAGACCCGUGGUGGUGACAACGCAUACACUGAUCCCUAUCGCCUGUACAACACUGAUGUUUUCGAGUAUGCCUUGGACAGCCCUACUUCAUUGUAUGGUGCUGUGCCACUCAUGGUUGCCCAUCGCGUGGGCCAAUCGGCUGGUGUUUUCUGGAUGAACCCAUCAGAGACAUGGAUCGAUAUUGUAAAAUCCAAGAGUGAACAGCAGAGCUCUGUUCAAAAAGUACUAAGCUUCGGCAAAAAGGGCAACGACAAAAAGACCUCAACACACACUCACUGGAUAUCAGAAGCUGGCGUUCUCGAUGUCUUUGUGUUCUUUGGUCCAACAACGAAGGACGUUCUUCGUCAGUAUACCAAACUGACAGGCACACCCAUGCUUCCCCAACAAUUUGCACUUGGUUAUCACCAGUGUCGUUGGAACUAUAUCAAUCAAAAGGAUGUUCUCGAAGUUGACAGUCAGUUUGACGAGCAUGACAUGCCCUAUGAUGUCAUUUGGUUGGAUAUCGAAUAUACGGAUGAUAGAAAGUAUUUCACAUGGGAAUCCAACAAGUUCCCUGAACCUAUCAAGAUGGAGCAAGUGCUUGACAGCAAGGGUCGAAAGCUUGUCGUUAUUAUUGAUCCUCACAUCAAGCGUGCAGACAACUAUCGUAUCUGCGAAGAAGCAAAGAAGGAUGGUUUGUUUGUGAAGCAACCCAAUGGAAACGACUAUGAAGCCUGGUGCUGGCCUGGACAAUCGUCGUGGGUGGAUUACCACAAUCCUGAAGCCCGUGACUGGUGGAAGGAGCAGUUCCAGUUUAGCAAGUUUGGAGGCACUCAAGAAAACGUUCAUAUCUGGAACGACAUGAACGAGCCCUCUAUUUUCAACGGUCCUGAAAUCACCAUGCAAAAGGAAAUGAUCCAUCAUGGAAACUGGGAGCAUCGAGUCCUCCAUAACCUUUACAGUUUGCUUUCGUUUGGAAGCACUGCUGAUGGUGUCCGUGAACGUACUGCUGUUCAACAUCGUCCGUUUGUAUUGACGCGCGGCUUUUACGCAGGUGCACAACGAUAUGGUGCUGUAUGGACAGGCGACAACAUGGCCAACUGGGAAGCCCUGUACUAUUCCAACCCAAUGUCUUUAGCAAACAGUAUGGGCGCUAUUGUAUUCACCGGUGCCGAUGUUCCUGGCUUCUUCAAUAACCCUACUUCUGAAUUGCUUGUGCGGUGGUACCAAGCUGCCGUUUUCCAGCCUUUCUUCCGUGGUCAUGCCCACAUUGAUACCAAGCGACGUGAACCCUAUCUCGUCCCAGAACCUUACCGAAGCAUGACAUUGGCUGCUUUACGUGAACGUUACGCCCUUUUGCCUUAUUGGUACACUUUGUUCUACGAUGCUUCGCAGGUGGGCACUCCCAUGAUGCGACCCAUGGUGAUGGAGUUCCCGGAUGAUGAAAGUUUGUUUGCAACCGAGGAUCAGUUUAUGGUGGGUGCCGGUAUCAUGGCCAAGCCUGUCACUGUUGAGGGCGCAACAGAAACGGAUGUCUACUUUGCUGGCGAUCAGCCAUGGUACGACAUGCUCACCCAUGCGCCCGUUCGCCUUACGGGUCGUCACACUGUCAGUGCACCACUCGGUAAGGUUCCUGCAUACUAUCGCGGUGGCCAAAUUAUCCCUCGUCGAGAACGUGUCCGUCGCAGCUCGCACAGUAUGAAACUGGAUCCAUUCACUUUGGUCAUUGCUCUUGACGCAAAGGGUAAUGCUGAAGGCACGUUAUACAACGACGAUGGUGAAACGUAUGAUUACCAGACCGGAGCAUACAUCCACACCAAGUUCCAAUACACCAACGGUGUGUUAACUUGCGAGACCAUUCACUCGGAUCCAAACAGCACGGCAGCCAAGCAAUACGCAAAGGAUGUGGGGAAAACCUUACGCAUUGAACGUGUCUAUAUCCUCGGUGUUUCCAAGAAACCUAGCCAAGUACAAGUCGAAGCAGACGGCAAAAUCAACAAGGUUGUAUUCGAAUAUGAUACAACAAAUGCUCGAGUGACUAUAAAGGAUCCAAAGACAUCCAUUGCAGAGUGCGGAUGGACUGUCAAGGUGGUAGCAUAA